CGCAAUUAUAUAAAUAUAUAUUUAUUGUGGCGGAUUUGUCGCGUCCACGGUUUAGGGGAAGUUUGGCGGACGUUAUUCGCUUAGUCUGAUUUAAAUUUCGAGUUUUUCUUGUUGUUGUUGCUGAUUCGGUGUCUCCUUCUUCUUCGAACUUUACUUCACCGUUCUUUCUUCUUUUUUCCUGAUCAAAGAUGGAGUUUGAUCAGAAAAUGCACAGGCGUCUCGGGCGGAAGCUGGGACUGAGGACUGCUGGGCAAGCACAGCAAACUCUCAUCACGCUUCAAGGAGCCGCCUGCAGAUACGGAGAGGCGGACACGGCGGCCAUGAUCGGCGCCCCGAUCGCCGCCGUCCCGAUCGGCGCCAACUACGAAAAGAACCUGGCCGUGCCAAACUCGGGCAACCUUUUCCAAGAACUCGCCAUUGCCCGCUUCUACCAAAUGAACCGACUCAAGGAAGACAUUCUGCACUUGCGCAAAAAAUACGCCAGACUGCGCGCGCAAAUCAAGGCCCGUCGCCUGGAUCUCCGUUUCAAGCUCGCUGUGCUAAAUGGGAUAGAAACGGAUUUUUGCGAUUCGUCCAGUUGUCCGUCGCAAAAGGACAUUGCCACUUCCGCCGUGUGCUCUUUGAGCCAACAGGUUCUUGAGGCCAUUGCCCGCUUCUACCAAAUGAACCGACUCAAGGAAGACAUUCUGCACUUGCGCAAAAAAUACGCCAGACUGCGCGCGCAAAUCAAGGCCCGUCGCCUGGAUCUCCGUUUCAAGCUCGCUGUGCUAAAUGGGAUAGAAACGGAUUUGUGCGAUUCGUCCAGUUGUCCGUCGCAAAAGGACAUUGCCACUUCCGCCGUGUGCUCUUUGAGCCAACAGGUUCAAAUGCUGAAAAACGAGUACGAGAUCGGAGAGAAAAGCCUGCAAUUUCGCAUCGAUCAACUCCAGUGGGUGAAAAGGAAUCUGGAAGUGACUAAAAUUGAUAACAUAAAGGCCGAGACGAAAAAUCAGGAAGUCAUUCUCCGCGACUCGGUCAACAAGGCACAAGCUCUUCGUAACGUUGCACAAACGAUGUACGAGAGGUUGUUGGGACUCGUGAAAACAUUCGAGGAGACUGAGGAGCUCAAACACAGCAUCAUUGCUGCGAAGAUGACGCUGGAAGCUGAAAGCGUCGUCACUGACAGGGACGAAGAAGCCCCCGAAUUGCGACAAUUUAAGCACAAUCUUCUAUCGCGACUUCCGCCGGAAAUGCUGGCUUCUCGCGACGUUUCCUGUCCAUCCGAAUACAUCAUCAAGGAUCUCGAGGAAUUUCUUCGCCUAAUGACACGUGCAAAGGCCCUCACAAAAAUAUACUCGCAUCUUCGCGCACCACUCGCCGAAUUCAAAGUGUCGUAAUCAAAAACCUGCAAGAUUCACAAACAAAAACAUCAAGGCAACAUUCCUGUUUUAUUCUCUUGUUUAUCGUUACGCAUAUUUCGCUUUUUUUUUUAAAUUGAAACCAAAAUGAAAACGCAUAAAAGACACUGUUCGCGUA